UAUUAUGCCGUGGUUGGUGGAUUUUGACCAUACACCACUCCUACUCUGUAUAACAUGGGAGGUUACAAAUAAUAUCUGAAUAAGCUGUUUUUUUUAUUGUAUUUUUAUCGCAUUAUUUUUAAAAAAUUUGCAAGAUGUCUCGGCACCGUGACGUACGAUCCAUGAAUUAUACAGAAGAAUAUGAAGGUUAUGAUGACGUUUAUGGACAUUCUGUAGAGGAUGAUUACUGUGUAUCACCUAGUGCUGAACAAUUUUUAUUUGAUCGAACUAAGCAACAAAAUAUUGCAUGCUUCAUUACGGAACCAGAUAUAAUAGAAGACAAUGAAGAUAAUGAGGAACGUCCAACGUCUUUCAUUGAAGAAGGUAAAAAAUUAUCAUCAAAACCUACAUUUCAAGUUACGACACCUACUAGUGUGAAAAUUAUUACUGCUGGGAAACGUCCAGUUGUAAAAGGCUUUAAUGUAAGCGGGACUGAGAAUACAGAUGUAUUAAAUUCUCGUAUUAAAAGUUCUCGCUCUCAGAGUCCAUACUUUGAUUAUAAUAGCCCAGAAAUAAAAAGAAAGGAAAAUGUAUUGUUGAAAGAGAAAAAGACAGUUUCUUCGAAUACAAAUAGUCCGCGAUCUCAGUCUCCAAUAUCAGGACAUCAAACGCCUGAUCUGGAUACUAAAAUAAAACUCAAUGAAGAAAAAAUUGAUGCUAUGAAGAUUUAUAAAGAUAAAAGAGGAGAUAACAAAGAUCAGCUACAUUUAGUUGUGGUUGGUCAUGUAGAUGCGGGUAAAAGUACUUUAUUAGGAAGACUUUUAUGUGACUUAGGACAAGUUCCAUCAAGAUUGAUUCAUAAAUAUCAACAAGAAAGUAAAAAAAUAGGAAAACAAUCAUUUGCUUAUGCAUGGGUUCUUGAUGAAACAGGAGAAGAACGGGAACGUGGAAUAACGAUGGAUGUUGGUCAUUCUAAAUUUGAAACAGAAACAAAAUCUAUUACUUUAUUAGAUGCACCUGGACAUAAGGAUUUUAUCCCUAAUAUGAUUACUGGUGCCACACAAGCAGAUGUAGCCUUAUUAGUAGUAGAUGCUACCAGAGGAGAAUUUGAGACUGGUUUUGACAGUGGUGGCCAAACUAGAGAACAUGCAUUAUUAUUACGUUCAUUAGGUAUAUCGCAAUUAGCAGUAAUAGUAAAUAAAUUAGAUACAGUAGACUGGUCAGAAGAGAGAUUUGAUGAAAUAGUUAGCAAAAUGAGUGUAUUCUUGAAACAAGCUGGAUUCAAAGAUAAUGUUACUUUUGUUCCUUGUAGUGGUCUAUCUGGUGAAAAUAUAUUAACACAGCCUAAAGAACCUUUAUCUAAUUGGUAUACAGGACCAACAUUAGUCAAUGUUAUUGAUAAUUUUAAGUGUCCUGAACGACAUAUAAAUAAACCUUUCCGUUUUUCGGUUAAUGAUAUAUUUAAAGGCACAGGAUCUGGAUUCUGUGUUUCUGGUCAUGUAGAAACAGGCAUGGUAUCUUUAGGAGAUAAAGUUUUAGUGUUGCCAAGAAAUGAAAUUGCAGUAAUUAAAGGUUUACAAGUAGAUGAAACAUCUAUAAUGAAUGCAUUUGCUGGAGAUCAGAUUUCUUUAACAUUAUCAGGAAUUGAUCAACAAAAUGUUGGAAUUGGUGACAUUAUUUGUAAUCCUCAAAAUCCAGUUCCUGUAACAACAUGUUUCCAAGCACAUGUUGUUGUAUUCGUUGUGAAAAUACCAAUUAUGAAAGGUCUGCCUGUAGUAAUUCAUCAACAAUCUUUAGUCCAACCAGCUGUUAUUACAAAAUUAGUAGCACAACUUCAUAGAACCACUGGUGAAAUAGUAAAGAAGAAACCACGCUGCUUACCAAAAAAUUCAAGUGCUAUUAUUGAAAUUACAACACAAAAUCCAGUUUGUAUGGAAUUAUAUAAAAAUAUUAAGCAAUUGGGUAGAGUUAUGUUACGUGUAGAAGGAACAACUAUUGCAGCUGGUUUAAUUACAAAAAUUAAGUAA